UUAUUAUUGUAAUAAUGCGUCUGUUGAAUUUAAAAAAUGUGUUCCAACAUAAUCGACUUCCGAGUUGAGUCCCAAUCCCCGACCAGUACCUGACAAGUUGUCAAUUACUAGUCAUCGACAGAUUGUCAACAAUAAGUUUUGGACUGGUUUAUGUAUUGUUCCAAGAUCGUUGUUGGAACAAACCUUAGUUGUUGCGUUUAAUUUGUAGUCGAGGUUCUGUGGUGACGUCAUAUAUGUACUGGCAACUGGCAAAAGAAUUGUUGCAUGCCAAAUGUAAAGAAAGAAGAUACAAAACAUAACAUAACCUCAUAAUUUUAUAGUCUGAUUUUCACGUGGACUGGGUAUUGUUUCCAUAUAUUUUCAAUUUUCUUGUAUUUUCACUGGUAUAUACUGAAAAAAACAACAUGAAACAUAAAAAAUAUGAUAAAGAUGAAGUUGGUCCACCCAAGAAGAAAUUAAAGAACUAUGUGGGAAAAGAUCAUCAAAAAAUAAAUGAAACUAAGGAAGAUGUUUCAGAAGUCAAUAUUAAAAAUUCCAAUAAAGGUGGUACAUCAAAGAAAAAAAUCAAUAAGGAUGAGGAAAAAGAAAAAUCCUAUCAAAUAAAAAAGGAUGUUUCAGAAAAGGGUUCAAAAUAUGCCAAAACUGCUACAAAGGCUGCACCUACAACUUUAAAAAAACCUUUUUCUAAAUUGUCUACAGCUACAAAAUUUAAAGGAAAAAUUGAUAAAAAUAACCAGAAACUUGAUAAAAUCGAGGAUUGGACAGAGUUUAAAAAGAAAAAGAAAGACUUGAAAAUAAAACGAAAACAAUCAAAAGAUGGAUUUGAUAUUAUUGUAAGGGCAAAAAAAAUUGGUGAAGAUUUGAGAAGGAAGACUCUUAAAGGUGGUGAAGAAAAACGCACGCAGCUUAUUAAUGAGCUACAUAAUCUUCUUAAGGGCAAAGGACACUAUCAAAAGUUUGUUCUAGCUCAUGAUACUGCCAGAUUGGUACAGUGGCUUCUAAAAUAUUCUUCAGCAAUAGUUGUUGCGCAGAUAUCUAAAGAACUUAUACCUGUAAGUGUAGAAAUGUUACAGUCAAAAUAUGGCAUACAUUGUGUCAAAAGGCUUUUAAAAUAUGGUAGUAGUGAAAUACGUAGUCAAGUAAUUGACACUAUGUUUGGACAUUCUGUAAAACUUGCAAGUCACUCUGUUAGCGCACCAGUGGUAGAAUAUGCAUAUUCCACUUGGGCUAGCCCUCUUCAAAAACAGUAUCUCACACAAGAAUUCUAUGGAGAUCUUUAUAAGAACUCCAAAGACAACAAUGUCAAACACCUUCGCGAUACUUACAAGGACAAUCAAACUCUAAAAUCUGCAACCUUAGGAGCUACAAAAGCCAACUUGAUUAGAAUCUUGAAUAAAUCUUUGCUGGAUUCUGGUUUGGUUCAAACGGUUUUGUUCCAAUUCCUGAGUGAAUGUUCCGACGAGGAUCGUAAAGAAAUGAUCAGUCAAUUGUCACCACAUAUUGUUGUCAUUAGCAAUAGUAAAGAUGGAGCUAGAGCAGCGAUGCAGUGUGUAUGGCAUGGUUCUAAUAAAGACAGAAAAAUAAUAAUGAAAGCAAUUAAAGAACACAUAACAGAUUUGUGCAAACAUGAACAUGGUCAUUGUACAGUAAUAACCUUGUUAGAUUGUAUAGACGACACUGUAUUAUUACAUAAAGUUAUUUUGAUCGACAUACUCAAAAAUGCUAAAGAUUUAGCAAUUAAUGAAUGGGGUAGAAAGGUUUUGCUUUGGUUGGUCGCACCAGCUGAUUCAACAAAGUUUCAUCCAGUCUUUAUAAAUGAACUUACUGUGGGAAGGGAGUCAUCCACUUGUAAAAAAUCGCCGGAAAUGCGUAGGAACGAAAUUUUAGGCUAUUCCAUAUCUACCUUAUUAGAAUUAGUUUCUAGCGAUUCAACUUUUUGGCUGUCAAACGCAUCAUUGGCUAUUGAAAUACUAGCCAUAGUAAAAGCUGGCAGUGGAACACAAUUGGAAACGACAUAUUCUAGUAUAGUUGAAGUUAUAACUGAACCAAAUUGGACAAUUAAAGAAAACGAUAAGGCCAUUUUAGGAGUAGAAAGUGCGGGAAUUCACAUGGCUUUAAAAAAAUUGGCUCAAUAUGAUAAAAUUAGAUUGGAAAACAAUGAUGUAACUUUUGGCUCUGUUUUAGUAACCAAACUAAAUGAUGAAAUUUUGAAUAUAUGGUUGACCUUAAAUAGGGGAUGCUUUUUACUAGUUGCCAUAUUUGAAAAUGGUUCUGAAGAUACUCAGAAUGAAAUAAGGAUUAAAUUGAAGAAACAUGUGAAAUUGUUAAAAAAACAGAGUUCUUCAGGUGCAAAAAUACUGUUGAAGAAAUUGUCUUAGAUUGUAGCUUUGAAUACAUUUUAUUUUAAGACUUAAGUUUUUGUUUUUUUUUGUUGUCACA